AUGCUUCCAGUUGCUGGAUUCAUUGUUUGUGUUGCUCUUAUAUUGUUUGCAUUCCUCGUGUAUUCCGGACUUUUCCACAAGGUUGUUGUUAGUGUAGGCUCUCCACCAAUUGGAAAAAUUCUAAUAGCUUACAAAUUUUCAACAGGACCGUACAAGAAUGUUGGAAAUCUGUUCAAAGAAGUUGGUGAACUGGCACCACACAAUGCAUGUCUUGGAAUCUACUAUGAUGAUCCAGGCCAAUUUCCAAGUCAUCUAUUGAGAUGGGCAGUGGGUUCAAUAUUAGCUUAUGAUGACGAAACACCAUCAAGAGAGGCGAAAAAAUUAUUUGAAUCUAAGGGUUAUAAAUUUACCACAUUGCCUGCGAUAUCGAAAGCUAUGGUGACGUCAUUUCCGUACAAGAAUUUUAUGUCGAUUAUAAUAGCUGUUAAUAAAGUCUACUCGGCAAUGGAGAGAUAUGAGAAGGAACACAAACUGUAUGCAUGUCCUUAUAUGGAAAUAGCUGAAGGCGGUCACUGUAAUUAUAUGGCACCGUUAGAACGGCAGGAUGAUUUUUAUUUGGAAGAGUUGAAGAUUGAUGGCAAAAUUGUGUAUGAACCGACUGACAAAUAG